AUGGAUGCCAGCGAGAAAGCCGUUUCGUCGGAAACCCCGUCGCCCAACCUCGUAGAUCUGGAGCCAGAAGGGAGUGACGUUGCUAUGGAGCACAAGAUCUCGAAGGAUGCAUGUUCAGAAAAAGGAAAGGAUCCAGAACUGGACGUGACAGACAGGAUACCAGAUCUCCGAAUCCAUGAUUCCAAGACCAAGAGCAAUCAUGUCCUUCCACCGAAACUUCUGCCAUCCACGCCUCCUCCACCUGAACCCCCCGCGGAGAGUGAAAAGCCGUACCUCGAUCCUACACCCAAAACCCCGGCGAUAUCGAGGCAUCCAUCUAUGAGAGCGUCAGGUGAAGAAUAUAAUGAGAAAGAUCCGGCUUAUAGUCAGGAGUCUCGGGACAAUACUGGGGAAACGCCUUACCAGAAGUCCAGCAAUGACCCUGAUGUGGAAUCGACGUCCGAAAUACAGAGUAUCAUAGAUCAAUUCGAUGAUGCGUCGGCAGCACCUUCGAAGGAAUCAAUCAUGUCUCCCCGACACGAAAUGACUGGGCCUAUUCUAGGAUCAAGUGGCAGUUUUCCACCCAGAAGGUCAAGCCUGGAACCACUUCGAUCUAGAGACAUGGACACGUUGGCAUCGCCGAUGAUCUCCUAUCAUACAGAAAAGCCUUUGCCGUCGCCGCCUUUGGGGGUUCUCAGUCAUGAUUCAGGUCCCCUGAGAAGUCCUCCGAUGAAAAGUCCAGCCCAAGCCUCGUCGCCCUCGCACCCGAUGCAACCACCUCCUCCCGAACCUGAGCCUGAGUUGCCGUUUGAUUUUCAUCGAUUUCUGGAGCAGCUGCGUCACAAAUCUGCCGAUCCAGUGGCCAAAUUCCUACGCUCCUUCUUGACCGAGUUUGGAAAGAAGCAAUGGAUGGUCCACGAACAGGUCAAAAUCAUUGGUGAUUUUCUAGCCUUCAUCACAAACAAAAUGGCCCUUUGUGAGGUAUGGCGGGAAGUAUCUGAUAAUGAGUUCGACAAUGCCAAAGAAGGGAUGGAAAAGCUUGUGAUGAACAGGUUAUAUUCGCAAACAUUUUCUCCCGCAAUACCACCGUCUCCUCCGGUCGCGCGAUCCCGGUCCAGGGGAAGAAGGAAAGAGUUAGAAAAGUCCCAGGCACCGGGAAGACGCGGUCAGCAUCAAGAAGACGUUGAACGAGACGAGAUCCUAGCCCAAAAGAUACGGAUUUACAGCUGGGUGCGAGAGGAGCAUCUCGACAUAGAGCCAGUCGGGCCAAAUGGGGAGAGGUUUCUUAGACUGGCACAGCAGGAACUCCUCAAAAUCAAGGGAUAUCGAGCGCCUAGAGACAAAGUCAUCUGCGUCUUGAAUUGCUGCAAGGUUAUUUUUGGCCUGUUGAAGAAUGCUAAGAGCUCCGACACUUCGGCAGAUUCAUUCGUGCCGCUUCUAAUCUAUGUUGUCCUUCAAGCUAAUCCAGAGAACCUUGUGUCGAAUAUCCAGUACAUUCUUCGAUUCAGGAAUCAGGACAAGCUUGGGGGCGAGGCGGGCUACUACCUCUCCUCCCUAUCAGGAGCGAUACAAUUUAUCGAAAGCCUAGAUCGGACGACCCUGACAGUCAGUGAUGAGGAAUUUGAACGCAACGUUGAGAACGCUGUGGCAGCGAUCGCAGAGCAUAAUCGUCAGGCCGAGCAACUGAGUCCGCUUGCCGUGACUAUUGCAGAGAAAUCAGCACUUGCCGAGCCCGAGCUCACACCACGAAAUUCGAUGGAUGUGACAUCCAGCAGCCCUAUACGCAGAGAUCCUAAUCGGCAAUACAGCAGCUCGGGAGACGGCUCCGACGACAGUGUAGCAGGUCUUUUGCGGACCAUCCAGAAGCCUCUUUCCACAAUCGGACGAAUAUUCUCAGACCAGGACACAUCAUCUCAAGAACGCAGACCGAGUCCAGCGCCUCAAGCGGCUCCGAGGCUGAACCCGAACAUGUUUCAACCGCCACCAGCUCAUGGUGGCUCGGUAUCUCCUUAUGACGCCCAGGAAGCGGCCGCGAGACAGGCAAGCGCGGAAGCCGCGGAAGCUCGACGGAUCUCAAGAGCCGAACAUAGGACUGUGGUCGAGACCCUAUGCGGCAUGUUUCCAAACCUAGACAAGGAGGUCAUUGAUGACGUAGUGCGACAAAAGGAGGGAAGAGUGGGACUUGCUGUCGAUGCUUGUUUGGCUCUGACAGCUGGAAGUUGA